AUGCAGGAGAGCGAGCUGUCUGCGAUCAAACAGGUCGUCGACGACCAGGAGCGCCUUCUGUUUGUGAUCAAAGACGACUUCUACGGCCCCAUCUCCAAGGAGGCAGACGAGCUCUUUGAUUCCAUCUCCAAUUCGGUGAUCAAAGCUGAAUUCACCCUGAAUCCAGUCCGCUACUUCAACGAAUCUGCUUCGACACCGUCAAAAUGCUCCCUUGGCCACGACAACUUGAACUUCUACGGUGGAUUUGCUGAAGAGAGGAAGAUUGUGAUUUAUCAGGCUGAACGAGUUGAGAAGAACGAGAGGGCAUUCCGAAUCAGCAGUGGGGAGACUGUGACUCUCUUCAGCGUAAAAAAGGGUAGUUCCAAGGCAGGAGAGCUCCUUCAAAGCGGCCUAUUUGAUUUCAUCCAUUUUGGUAAGAGAUUUGAUAAGACCGUUGAAACUGGGUUCAUCAGUGCCCGUCUCCUGGAAUUCUUCAGGCUUCUGAAGGAGAUGGAGAGUCGCGAGGUCUUCGUCUACGCCACUGAGGCAGAGAUGCGGAUUCUGUGGCAGAUUCUGAAGCACAGGGUCGAAGGCACCUUCGAUUCCACGCAAUGGCGAAUCACGGCCGGAACAUUCAAAAACUACAAGGACAUCAAGGUGAAUCUGGUGCUGACCAGCAGCGUAUCACAGCUUCACAGACUGGGUCGCCAGGCCAAGGUGAUCCUCUUCUCGCGUGUCUACGUCCAUCUCAGGGCCCAGCUCUUUCUGAUGCUCUCUCCUGAUCAGAAAGACGAAUUGGAUCAAUUUUGUUCGUAUGAGCAUAAACUGGCAGAGGGGCAGCAGAAGAAGCAGGACGUCCUCAGUCGCCUGAAAUGCAUUCUGGUUGACACCGAUGGCUUCAGCAACAACUGCUUCUUCUGCAGUGACAGCGAGGUGGUCCAGUUCUACGCCUUCGUUGAGGAGACGAAGCAGGCUCUUCUCAGGAGUCCCCUUGUUGAAGGCGUCGAACUGUUCAACAACAACUUCUUUGUCACGGCCAGAACCAGUUCCAGGUGCGCCGUAAAGAGCGUAUUUGGAGCAUGUCGGUUUCCAGUUGAGUACCCUGUGAGACCAGCCGUGUUGAAUGCGACUGUUCUGACUGAUUCAGUUGAAAUUGGUACAGUUGUGAACUACUACCAAUUUAUAGGCGGAAUGAAGUUUGAAGUGGAAGUGGAAAGUGAUGGCAGUAACAGUAAUAAUAGUAAUAAGGGUAGUAAUAAGGAUGAUAGUAAUAAGGGUAGUAAUAAUUACGAUAAUAGUAAUAACAACGACAACUACGAUAGUGACAUAUCUGACUACCGAAUCAAUCUGCUAUCAUCCAACAACCAUAGCAAACCGUGUUCAAAAUUCAUCACCGAAUUCUCAUCAAAUGAAAUCACAAUCUUCUUCAGAAACUACAUGAUCCAAAUCAGAAGGAGCUCAGUGGAGAAGAUCAUCGCAGAAUACGACCGAAUCGAUGCAGAUGGACACGUCGACGUCUACGUCCUCCUGAAGACACUUCCUCGCGUCUAUUCCUGCCAGGAUGUGAAAUAUGCGACAGUUUGCAUGAAAUACCAAAAUAUGGCACAGCUGAAGCUGGCGAGAUGGGACCGAUGCACGAGGGAGGAGAUCGACUGGUUCGAGAGACGCGGAGACAUCAAAUUCACGGUGCAACUCGACCAGAGCGGAGUUGGAUCCGCCCCAAACGAGGUCAACUUCGUGGACGUAUCCCCCUCGUCCGUCCUGGAGCACCUCGUUGCCCAAUUGGCCAAGUUCUAUCCCGUGGUCCACUACAGCGAGGUCAGGGAGCCACGAGACUCCUCGCUCUCCUUCCUGGACUCGUCCCAGAUCGUCGCCUACUUCACGGCCCUCCUCGACUUCGCCUCCCUCUACCACGUCCUCGUCCUGGUCUCCUGGAAGGCCCGCUUCCUCACGGACGUCUUCACCGAAGGAGACCUCGCCUACAUCGCAGACAACACGGACGUAGGCGACUUCUGCCGCCACCUCGAAAGACGCCUCUCUCACCGCCUCGAUAAAAUCAACCUCAGAAAGGCAGUGGUCGAAUUCAGGCAGAUUCGACCAAAUCGAUUCCGCCCCAAAAGAGACCAUUCGACCACAGUUGAAAUCCGAUCUGUUCUGGUCACGCCCCUUCGCACCUUCUACAACUGGGAGCAGCCAAACGACACCAACCGCGUUCUCAGGAACUUCGAGCCAGACCGCUUCCUGCGCGUCUCGCUGCGAGAGGACGAGGACACGAAGUUCCAGAACGACCUGGCCAGGGGGCAGGAGGCCGUCUACGACUUCUUCAGGCGCACUCUCCUCGAUGGGAUGUUUGUUGGCCCCAGAAAGUACUUCUUUCUGGUGAUGACUGCUGCCCAGAUGAGUGCCCACAAUGCCUGGUUCAUAUCGACGCUGAUUGCAGGCAGACGGGUCAUAGGCGCCGAUUACGUCAGAGGGUGGCUGGGUGACUUCAGGAAGAUCAAGAACAUUGGGAAGUAUGCGGUGCGAAUUGGACAGGCAUUCAGUGCCACGAAGGAGGCCGUUGGGGUUGACAGGGUCGUUGUUCUUGGAGACGUGGUCAGAAAUGGAUACGUCUUCACUGAUGGGGCUGGAGUAAUCACGCGUCAGCUUGGAAGAGGCAUUGCCGAGUCACUUGGGCUGAAUUACGUGCCAUCUGCCUAUCAAAUACGAUUUGGUGGUGCUAAGGGGGUGGUAACAGUACAGCCAGAUGAAGUGGUAGAGAAGAUACUGGUAGAGGGUAAUAGUAGUAAUAGUAGUAACAAUAGUAGUAAGGGUGAUAAUAAUAGUAGUAAGGAUAAUAGUAAUAGUAGUAAGG